CCAACUCACCCUUCAUUCGAAACUUGAAGCACCUCUGCUUCUCUUUAAAAGCUAUAACAAAAGAUUGGAAAGAUCAGAGGGAAAAAGCAGAUAUCUAAAGAAUAAAAUGGCUUCCUGGUCUGCUGAGAAUGCCACAAAAGCUUAUCUCACAACUUUGAAAAUGGGGCAAAAGGCUAAGGAACCAGACGUAGCUGAGUUUAUUUCAGCGCUAGCAGCAGGCAACAACGCACGGCUGAUGGUUGUGGCCUGUGCUAGUGCUGCGGACUCCACCACCCUAGCCUUGGUGGCCGCUGCUCACCAAACCGGUGGCCGUGUGGUUUGCAUUCUUCGUGGGCUUCAAGAGCUGCAUCUGUCCCAGGAAGUCCUAGGCCUUGAUGCAUGUCAUGUUGAAUUCGUUAUAGGAGAAGCUCAAAAGCUAGUCUUAACCCAAUAUAGGGAUGCAGAUUUUGUGCUCAUUGACUGCAAUCUUGAGAAUCAUGGAGGAAUUCUCAAGGCAUUGCAAGUGGUAAGGAAGCAAAGGGAUGUGGUGGUUGUGGGAUAUAAUGCAUUCUGCAAGGAGUCCAGGUGGUCUGGGGGAUCAAGAACUCAGUUGUUGCCCAUUGGAGAAGGGUUACUGCUGACCAGAAUUGCUGCAAAUGCCAAAAGUGCUGUCAGUGGCUGUGGAAUUGGGAAGAGUCACUGGGUUGUUAAGGUUGAUAAAUUCACAGGUGAAGAGCACGUUUUCAGAGUUAGAUUUCCACAAGGAAAAGUGAUUGAAGCUUAAACCUUCUGUUUAUUUGCUCCCUUGAUUUGGUUGGCAUAGGAGAAGACUCUUUGCCUCCAUUUUCUUCCCACCAGAACUAAUGGAGCAUAAGUUUAGUUGUAUUACAGUGCAUUAGGAGCCUGUUCUUAAAAAGCUCUGAAAUCCCCAAUGUAAAUAGAAAAUGAUAUAAAUGUAGUACUCUUCUAAACUCUUGGUAUCCUUUCCUCUUUCAAGUGGUCACCACAAACACUUGAUUGCCGCAAUCGAUUCCUAGCCAUCUAAGCAAAGAAUUAUCUUUUGGACAAGUCUAUGGAAAGCUUUAUGCAAGCUAUUAGUUUAAAGUGCAAUUGAAAAAACCGAUGAUA